UUAAAAACAUACCAUUUUUUUAUUUUUAGGUUAGAAUAUUACAGAUACCAAAACAAAAUCUCUAUGUAGUAUUUAUUCAAUGAGUGUGACAUCUUUACUAACUGCUACGACAACAGCCACUACAACAAGAUCUUCUAAAAAUGGCUUAAGUAACGGUUCAGACAAUGCUCCGCUGUUACGAAACCCAUCAGAACUUCAACUGAAACUAGAAAAACAGUUGCAGAAAUCAAGACAAGUCAGGGCUGGACCACCAGUUACAAAAAAUACAUAUAACACAAAAAUACGUUCAGUGCAUGAGCAGAUGCCACUGGUUUCUAAUCGGAAUGGUGGUUUUGACGAUAUAAAUUUACAAAAUAAUGAGCAUGAUAAUGAUGAUGACGAGGAUGAGGAGGAGGAGAUUGUUAUUUUUAAACAGCCUAGUAAAGGAAAAGCGCUUUCCGAUUAUUCAUCCGAUUGUACAGAUCAACUAUUACGAGAUGGAUUCAGGCUGGAUGAAUUAUCUGAUGAUGAAGAUUUAGACUUGAUUCCACCGAAAUCCGCAGACGCGACGUGGUGUUCUUGUGACAGCAUGCCUUCCUGUAGUAUACAGUAACAUUCCUCUGCUUGUUUCGUCGGGUUUUUUCUGUUUAAGCAAAAUAACAAAGAAGGCUGCAACUUUUUUUAUAUAAGAAGGCUGACAGUAUAGGUACUUCAACUGCUAAAAUAUGGCGAGAGUACUGAAAAAACUUUUUAAGGGUAUAAAACGUGGGUCAGGAUUAGGCUGCUCCCCACCCAUCCCCCAAAAAGGUGUUUACCAUAAAAAAGCGUGUGUGUUGAGUCGAGAUUUUUAUACAGUAUGAACACAGCUAAAUCCCACUAAAUUCUUUUUUACAUAUUUGAUACGUCUUUACAAAAUAUCUUCGUAACAUCCUUUCCUUCUAAAAUGUAUAAAAUCCAAAAUACGGAAUGGACGUUUUAAUGUUUGUUCGGCCCACAAACCCUAAAACAUUUUUAGAUCUGUAGCCACUUUGUUAUAGGCUUGUAAAAUUUACAUAUUUAAUACGUCUUUGCAAAAUAUCUUUGUAACAACACAGCUUUUACUGGUCCUUUCUGUCAACGAAUUUAGAUUUUAUGGUAUUUUUUAAAAUUAAGAACAUUCCCGCUUCACUAGGUUUUAUUUUUUCAUAAAAAGUCGAUCGACAAGCUCACAAAUGCUAAAUUCCAGGUUUAUACAUGCUUUCAACGUAGCCUGAUUUUUUACUGCGUUUUCAGAAAUAAAUUUACGUUGUUUUGUUUUGUAGGUAUUUUAACAUUUUUAAGAUUAUUUUGUAAAUAAUGUCGUUUAUUUUGUGCAAUACAAUUUAUCAGAAUUUUCAA